AUGAUUCGUCCUCCUCCGCUCACACUCAAAUGUACGUGUACCGCUAGUUCUGACUUCCUUAGCGUGCUUUUCUGCUAUGCUAACAUCCGGCGAAUCAACCUAGACGACAACAGGUUUCCACUUCCGACUAAGACUGCGAGUCCGCCAAAGUCGAAGGGAUUUGUGGGCCAGCUGUAUAAAGCGAGCUGGAAGAACCCUAUCAUCGCCAUUGCUGGUCUCAAUGGUUUGCGAUGGGCAUAUGCUGCUGUUCGUUACAACUCAGUGUAUGAUGCCAUCGUCGAUGAUGCGGAGGGAGCGCAUAACCUAGCCAAGGUUUCAAUCACGCUGAGCGUGAUCUACGUAGUCGCGUUCUUCAUUGAACUAUACGGGGUCAUCAGUGUCUCAAUGCAACGUUUGGGCUUCAUUCGUGCAUACCUGUACCUCACGUUCCUCGCGUCCCUGUUGGUUACGUCCGCCAGUGUGCUUAACGGCGUGUCAUAUUUCGUCUUUGCAGAGGAUCUCAUGUGGGAGUGCUUGUCGUUGGCUACGGAAGGUCAUGGAUAUGAGAAGUCGUUGUUUCGGUCGCACCCUUGGCCCGGGGGUUACCUUCCAAUACCUUCUAAAAUGGCCAGGAAACAGUGCGUUUACGCCUGGGUCAGCCAAUCCUGGUCACAAGUGGCCUCCGUCUUUAUCUUCGGCCUCAUCCCUGCCGCCAUCUACUACGUCCUCGUGUACGCCUACUACCAGCAGACCAUCAACCCUUCGCAUCACGCGAACCUGCUGGACACAGGCCGCCGUCUCGGAUCCUCCGUGCGGACGAAUUACCAGUAUCAACGGGUGCAGAACAACGACAGCCAUCGUGGCGGGGGUGCACAGGGCUCGACCACCAGCCGGAUCCAGAACAACGUCCUCACUCCCCGAAGACAACGGCGCCUUCAAGCUCAGUCCAAUCCACGGGCUGUGCGCGGUGUGGGCGGUGCCAGUACCAGUCUGAGCACCAACACCACUGGAAGGCCCAUGGCCGCCUCCUCCCUCCCUGGCGUCAAGCGCACGUUCACCUCGCGAAGCCUCAACCGACCCAAUCGACCCCCACCUCUCAUGCGGAGCCCGUCGCCGCUCGGUCUGACCCCAGGACCACCCACCUUCAACAACCACCGUUCGAAGGUGUACGCAGCGUUCGCAGCUCCGGUUGCGUCGUCGGAUUAUGACAAGUUUGUUUGA